GCGGCGAGACGUCGCGGUUGCAGCUCCAGCGCGCCCGCCGCCGGGUCAUGGACGAGCCUCCGCUAGAGCCGGCGGGGAGCAGCAGCAGCAGCAGGCGGAGGAGGAGGAGGCGGGGGGCCGCAGGAGCCGAGCAGUAGCGGCGGCGCGGCCAAGGAGCCGCCGCUGCCCAGGAGCCGCCCGCCCGGCGCUGCGCCCCGGCCCCGCGCGCCUCCAUUGCGCGCCGCGACUGCAGCAGCGGGAGGAGGCGGAGGAGAAGCGGCUGGAGCCUCCGGAGCCCCCAGCCGGGCCGGCCGAGGCGCAGCGACGCGGAGCAGGAGGAUGCGCCGCCGGCUCUGAGCUCCCCCGCCCGGCCCGCCCCGGGCAAGCCCAACCCAGCCGCCGCCGCCGCCGCCGCCGCCGCGCCUGUGGCCGGCGGCGGGGCUCGCCAUGGGCAAGGACCAGGAGCUGAUGCAGGCGGUGAAGGCGGAGGACAUCGGCGCCGUGCAGAAGCUGCUGCAGAGGCCCAAGCCGGGCAAAGCCAAGCUCCUGGGAUCAGUCAAGAGGGUGAACGUUAAUUUCCAAGACACCGAUGGCUUCUCUGCCCUGCACCAUGCUGCCCUCAACGGAAACAUAGAACUCAUCUCGCUGCUGCUGGAGGCCCAGGCUGCUGUGGACAUCAAGGACAACAAAGGGAUGCGCCCCUUGCAUUACGCCGCCUGGCAGGGCAAGAAGGAGCCCAUGAAGCUGGUGCUGAAGGCCGGCUCCUCCGUCAAUGUCCAGUCGGACGAGGGCCAGAUCCCCUUGCACCUGGCGGCCCAGCACGGCCACUACGACGUGUCGGAGAUGCUCCUGCAGCAUCAGUCCAACCCCUGCAUCCUGGACAACUGCGGCCGGACUCCUCUGGACCUGGCCUGCGAGUUUGGCCGCGUGGGGGUGGUGCAGCUGCUCCUGAACAGCAACAUGUGUGCCGCCCUGCUGGAGCCCAAGCCGGGGGACAUCACCGACCCCAACGGGACCAGCCCUCUGCACCUGGCGGCCAAGAAUGGGCACAUCGACAUCAUCAGGCUUCUGCUCCAGUCCGGGAUCGACAUUAACCGGCAGACCAAGGCGGGCACAGCGCUGCACGAAGCCGCCUUGUGUGGCAAGACGGACGUGGUGCGCCUCCUGUUGGAUAGUGGCAUCAACGCGCACAUCCGGAACACGUACAGCCAGACGGCCCUGGACAUUGUCAACCAGUUCACAGCCACACAAGCCAGCAAAGAGAUCAAGCAGAUGCUACGGGACGCCUCGGCCGCCCUGCAGGUGAGAGCCAUGAAGGACUACUGCAACAACUACGACCUGACCAGCCUGAACGUGAAAGCCGGCGACAUCAUCACGGUCCUGGAGCAGCAUGCAGACGGCCGGUGGAAAGGCUGCAUCCAUGACAACCGGACUGGCAACGACCGAGUCGGCUAUUUCCCCUCCAGCCUGGUAGAAGCCAUCAGCAAGCGCACAGGUCCGUGGGAGGCAGGCCCUUGGCCAGAGCAGUUCCAGGCCAUCCCACUCCCGGCUUGCGGGGCCUCCUCCGUGCCUAACAGCCUCUCCUCCUCCUCCUCCCAUCAGCACCAUUUCCUGCCUCCUCCUCCUCCUCCUCCUCCUCCUCCUCCACCACCCUCCCAUCAGCCGCUUUUCAGUUCCUUUGGCUACCGCCGGCUCCCCCACGGUGCUUUGGAAGGGCCUGGCGCCGCUUCAGGUUCCCGGGGCUCCGACGCCAGCCCGUCCCAUCUCUCCCCAUCGCAAGGCGGAUCUGCCACCACGCCGGCCCCCGCCGAAGAGAUCUGGGUACUUCGGAAACCCUACGCAGGCGGUGACCGCAGCAGCGUGGGCAGCACUGGCAGCGUGGCCAGUGCUCGGAGCUCGGGGAGCGGCCAGAGCACGGCCAGCGGGAGCCACGCCCUCCACCCGGGUUCGGAAGGCGUCAAGCUGCUGGCAACCGUCCUUUCCCAGAAGGCAUCUGUGCAAGAAUCCGCCGUGGGCGACGGGCCUGCCAAGGCACUGGAGACGCCCGCAGGUUCUUCCCGGACACCGAGCUUGGGCGGCUCCUCGUACCCGGGUCAGCCCUAUGGCGAGCAGCAGCAGCAGCCGCAGCCGCAGCAGUUGAAGAAGGUGGAGCCCAUGUCGGAGGGAAAGAGCUCGGAGGCUGUGUACCAGUGGCUCUUCAAGUUCCAGCUCCAGCUCUACGCCUCCAACUUCAUCAACGCUGGCUACGAUCUCCCCACCAUCAGCCGGAUGACCCCAGAGGAUCUGACUGCCAUUGGGGUCACCAAGCCAGGGCACAGGAAGAAGAUCGCCUCGGAGAUCAACAGCCUGAACAUUCCCGAGUGGCUGCCGGAGUACAAACCGGCCAACCUGGCUCUCUGGCUCUCCAUGAUUGGGCUGGCCCAGUACUACAAGGUGCUGGUCGAAAACGGCUACGAGAACAUUGACUUCAUUACCGACAUCACUUGGGAGGAUCUGCAGGAGAUCGGCAUCACCAAGUUGGGGCACCAGAAGAAGCUGAUGUUAGCAGUGAAGAAGUUGGCGGAGAUCCAGAAGGCCGAGUUCAUCAAGUACGAAUCGGGGACGCUGAAGAAGAAGCAGUCGCAGGACACGAUGGCCAUCGAGUCCCCCCAGCAGGAGGUGGCCGAGUGCCAGUCCCCCAAGAUGACCACCUUCCAGGGCAGCGAGCUGAGCAGCGAACUGCAGGUGGCCAUGACGGGCACUGGGGAGGAGGGGGCGGAGAAGCAGGCCAACCACGUGGGGCACUUCCGGGAAGGGGCGGCCUACCGGCACGCCCCCCGCCUCGCCCAUGAGAACAGUCUGAGCGGGAGGGCCAAACACAUGAGCAGCUCCCAAGAGCUGCUGGGAGAUGGACCCAAAGCCACGAGUUCCGUGAUGUCCAAGAGCCAGGAGUACCUGGCGGAGGACGGGAAGGAAGGCCCAGCCACGCUGCCCAAGGAGGUCCGGAGCCUCCGCCACGGCCACAGCAUCAAGAGGGCCAGCGUGCCGCCCGUGCCCGGCAAGCCGCGGCAAUCCUUCCCCCCAGCUGGAGGGCACUACACCCCCCCGCAGACACCCACCAAGCCCUGCCCGUCCUCCCCACACGCCACGGCAAAGGUGAAACCCACCCCACAGCUGCUGCCACAGUCGGACCGCCCGAUGUCGCCUCGUUCACUGCCUCAGUCCCCCACGCACCGCGGUUUUGCCUACGUCAUGCCGCAGCCGGUGGAGGGAGACACUCGGGCGGCUGGCCCCUUGGCGCAAGCGGUGCCCGUGCUGCCCGUCUCCGUCCCGGUGCUGUGCCUGCCACCCCAGGGCGCAGAUGGCGAAGAGGAGGGCGGCCGGCCAAAGAAGAGGGCUCACAGCCUCAACCGCUACGCCGUAUCGGAUAGCGAGCAGGAGCGGGACGAGCUGCUGGUGCCGGACGCCGGGCCCUAUGCCACGGUACAGCGGCGAGUCGGGCGCAGCCACUCCGUGCGGGCACAGUCAGGUGGCGAUAAGAACGUCAACCGCAGCCAGUCCUUUGCCAUGCGGCCGAAGAAGAAGGGCCCCCCGCCCCCGCCCCCGAAGCGCUCCAGCUCCGCCAUCUCCAGCAGCAACAUGGCGGACGACUUCACCAAGGAAGGGGAGGAGGGCCAAGAGCCGUCCCACCAGCAGCAGCAGCAGCGGCGGGCGAGCGACUUUGGCGGCACUGUGGACACGGGCAGCGCUGGGAGCGUCAAGAGCAUCGCUGCCAUGUUGGAAAUGUCGUCCAUUGGCGGUGGGCCCCGGGCUCUCGCCAUGCAAAAGCCGCCUGGCGCCGGGUACUUGCAGCCUGGCGUUGCGGUGCACCCUGCCAGCCCCGAACACUCCCGCGUGGCUACCGUGCUGGCCACCGUCAAGCACAAGGAUGCCAUUGGGCCAGACGGCGAGGUGGUGAACCGCAGGCGCACCAUCAGUGGCCCGGUCACUGGGCUAGUGGCAGCCGCCCGCCGCGAGCGCUCCGAUAGCAUCAAGUCCGACACAGCCAAAGAUGGCGGCCCUGCGGAGCGGCUGCGGGCCGAGCACGGCGGAGGCUCCCCGCAGAACAGCUCUGGGGAGAACAUUCCCUUUGCCGAAGAGGGCAACCUGACCAUCAAGCAGCGCCCACGGCAGAUGAGCGUGCCCAAGGUGGAAGGCGGGGAGAGCUUGUCGCUUGCCCACCGGCACGGGGACCUUGGUAAGGUGGAGGCCAGCGCCACCCUCAAGCGGAGGAUCCGGGCCAAGCAGAGCCAGCAGGACAGCCUCAAGUUCAUCCUCACAGAGUCGGACACGGUGAAGAGGCGGCCCAAGUCGAAAGACAAGGAGCAGGAGCCGGCAACGUUGUCGGUCUACCAGAAUGGCACCGCCACCGUCAAACGCCGGCCGGCCUCCGAAACGAGUGGCCUGGAGGCUGUGCCCUCGGCCGGCCAGCAGGAGAGGUCUGAUUAUCCUGCAUCCCAGCUCCCUCCGGAACCGGAGCCCAAGAAGCCCAUCAAGCCCCCGGUAUCUCCCAAGCCGGUCCUGCCCCAGAAAGUCUCGGGGCCCUCUACGCCCACCUCCAGAAAGGCCCCCAUCCCUGGCCCUGGAACCCCAGAGGUGAAGCGGGUCCACGGCACCCCGCCGCCGGUCUCCCCCAAGCCGGCCCCGCCCCCCACGGCGCCCAAGCCCAAGGUCCACACGGCCCUCCAGUCGGCGAGUGCCAGCUCCACGCCUGCUCCGUCCCCGGCCAAGCAGCUGGUCCCCACCAUCAAGCCUUCGAGCACGCCCCCCUCGCUCUGCUCCAGCCCUGCCAAGCCCCUCUCGCCGGGAGGGGGCCCCCCUCAGACGGUGCCGGUCAAGCCCCCGCGCUCCUCCAUGGCUGGGCCUUCGGUCGAGAGCGUCAGCACGGAGAGCGCGCACCAGAAGCUGGAGGAGACCAGCGCCUCGCUCGCUGCCGCCCUGCAGGCCGUGGAAGAGAAGAUCAAGCAGGAGGACGGGCAGGCAGCCGACUCUGCCGCAGAAUCCAAGAGCACAGUCAGCAUCCUGGACGACAUUGGCAGCAUGUUUGAUGACCUAGCUGACCAACUGGACGCCAUGUUGGAAUGAGAACUGGAGGACCGACGCACCCAACCUCAGGAUCCGUCUGCCAUGGGCACCCAAGGGCACAAUCAUCUCCAUGAAUCUCUUCCUGCCCCUCCUCCCCUCCAUCUUUUGAGGUUUGCACAAAAAGUUAAGAUAAGAUUACCUCAGGAUUGUGCAAAGACAAGCUGAGAUGCCUGGGAAAGGCUUUCCUUGGGACCAGUUCUGCGGAAGGGGGGAAGAGAGAAGAGAAUUGAUCCUGUAUUUGGUUCCCCCCCUGCCUGAACGCCUGCUGGCCUUGGGGCAUACAAGGUGACUCCCGUUCUCCUCCUCUUCCAAAUGAAGCAAAAGGCCAACACGCCUGGUUACGGGCUGGAGGCUUCCGUUGCUGUGGGAUGGAAGUGACCUUCAGCCACCCUCCCGGCAAAUCUGCUCCACUCGGUCAAACUUGCCUCGUUUUCUCGUUUGAUUUGGAAAGUGUUCCCUGUCCGCUCUCCAAAACGACCCCCAGCUGUUACGUUCCCAACCUGUUAUGAAAAUGUGGCACAAGUUGGUAUUAGUCCUCUCUCGUUUUCCGUUUGGGUCGCAGUCUCGUCCUGGUGAAACUCUUGCCUUCCGUGUUGGUAUUGUUCCUUGACUGAGCACUGCCGUUUCGCUCCUGUGCCGCGGCCACGGUUCCUGUGCCCGUCUGCCACCAUUGGGGAAAGGCUGGGAGAGGCGGGGCGGAGAACGCCCAAGGGCGCCGUCGGCCGGAGGGGCUUUCGGCUAGCUGCAUGCUUUGUUUCUUUGUCCUGAAGGUGUUUGUCUUCUCCUGGUGAUGAUGAAGCUGUGACUGUGAGAAGUUUUUGUUCCGUUAACUGAGUCCCAUUUUGACAAAUAAGCUCCUUUUCCUGUUUGUUUUGCCUUGGAAAGCACCGUUUCUGGUAAGGGCCCUGCAAAAGCUUUUGGUUCGCUUGCAUGAUUGGUAGAGUGUUGAAACUUGAAAAGAAAAGAAAAAGGAGAAAGGAAAAAAAGAAGAAGAAAGGGAUCUUGGCCGAAAUCCAUGUAAAUAACCCCCUCCUGGUGACUUUUGCAGCCACCCUAGGGCGGGGGGGGAGGUCUAAUCUUAAUUUUUUUAAAAAUAUCUAUAUCUUAUAUCUAUAUCUAGGUAAAGGGCAGUUGUGGUUCUGAGCAUGAGGGACGGACCUUGCACUUUCUCUUUGCUUCAAGGCACUUGCUUCCAAAGAGUUGGCCACUGACUGGACCAUUCAGCCUUCCUUCUCGAGCGUCUAGACUAGGGUGAUUGUUUCUGGGAAGAUUUGGGGUGUGGGGUGGGUGGGGGUGGGAGCAGCAUUCCGUGGGUUCCAGGCAGACAUGGGCAAUGCAGCCCAUAGCCUUUUCUGGCGCUCUUGCUGGUAAAGCCGCCCUGCUGAGCAGGGGCCAGCCGCUGUGCUGUAUUCCAGCGGGGGUCUGGCAGAAGGGGGGACCCCACCCCACUCGGUGACACCUCAGCAGUCCUAGAAGGUUCUUCUGCCGCGACGGACCGGGACGGAGAGGUGGACGAGUCUCGGGCUCUGGACUCCCUUCUCAGCUGCCGCCCUUUCCCUUUCCCGAGCCGAUCUUGUGCUAUGCAACCUGCUUCAUCGACGCAGGACGGCUUGCUCGCCAACAGAGGCCUUCUGUGGGCGGAUGCGCCCUGCCGAGAGACCUCCCAGAUGGUGGGGCUGCCACGUUGCACUGCACAGGCCCCGGGGGGAGGGGGAUCUCCCCGCCCCCCAAGUCUGAAAUUGGCGUGUCCUAGGCAAGCAGGUCCUCGGGCACCUCAGCUGACUGGAGCGCUGGUUGGAGAGGGGCAGCAGGAGUGGGGCUCAGCCAGUGCUGGACACGGUAUCGUGCUGCAGUCCUCGCCGGCUCACUGCACUAGGGGCAAGACCUCAAAGGGGAGGGGCAUGGAAGUGGCCCGGGGGUGCCACGGCUGCGCAAGAGGUUUUCAGUGCCGUGGAGGCCGGUCCCGACGAGCUGGGAGGGCGCCGAGGAGGUGCAUCUGCCUUGCUUGCUGGCAGCUCCAGUUGCUCCCCUCCCCUCCCCUCCCUCAGUGAUAGCUGCACUGCCUGCAGGCUGGCCAUUCAUCUGGUAGAGUUGUGCGUGUAUGCACACAGCUCUACCUGAUGAAUGGCCAGCCCACCGGCAGUGCAGGGUAAAAGAGAGAGGCGCAACUGGAGCUGCCAAGGUCGUUGUGCCCCCCACUCAAGCUUGCCAAGACAAGCCGCAACUAUUUCAGCGUUUCCUGUCUUCAGGCGGUGGGUUGUUGGUGUAUUGUGGGCCAUCAUGGAGGAGGGCACCUCCAUGGCCCACGGUGGGCCCCACCUUGUCGCAUGAACUAGUGCAGCCACUCCCUCCAGAGGAAUACACACCUGGCGGGCAGAGUCUUCUGACCUGGGCUGGCCCUGCGUGGGCAUCUCCCACUCUUCUUAAACAAGCACAAUCCGGGGGUCCUGCAAACUGGGUUUCCCACCGCCCCAUCUUCCAGCUGCAGUCGGCCGACAGUUCUUACAGCCCCACAUUUUCUUCCUUUGAGCGGCAUUGCUUAGCCGUGAGAAACUGUCACAAGAGAAACCGCUUGUGUUACUCUUGAGGGUGUGAUCCAUGAUCCCUUUGCCCAGAGAGUGGGGGUUGGUGUAUACUGGAAGCGGAGCGCGUAGGAGGAGAGUGUGCCCACCGCUCUGGAGCUGACUUGCUGACUAUGCACACAGGCCCAAAGAUCCCAGGUCCUGGCUGGCUCCCCGAUGCCAGCGGCCUCGCAUUAAACUCCGUUUUGUUCUGUUCUCUUGAGCAUGAAGAUCCCUUGGCAGUGGAUGUCCUGAGGCCCCAGCGCAAGCACCGAUUUCUCAUGAUCGGCCACCCUCAAGAGGUCUCCCUCCAAGGAGAUUCCACAGACCCUCAGAAGGAAAAGCUUGCUCACAAUUAGGAUGCAGUUCCUGGGGUCUGGGCUGGCUUUCAGUGCAACCGCUCCUUCCCUGCAGCUUGUAGGUGUGCAUGCUUCUUUACCGGGGGACGGGGGCGGAUGCCUGCGGAACUCCAGGCCUCUUAAAAGUCCCUACAGCUGAGCCCGCUGUCCUCUCAAGCAUCACCCCUUUUUCUUUGCCUUCCUUGCCAGCUGUGAGCCCAGGCGGCCACGCAGGAGAGCUGUCUCCUCCUAGCCUUGCCCAGGGUGGCUUCUCCCUGCUCCCAACCUUCCUGGAGCAAUGCUGCUGCUCCUUACCCUUUGCCUAAUCGACAGCCACCUUGUGGUCUGUGUGUCGCUGCUUUGGGCCUUCCCAGUGGCAUUUGGCUCUUGCCCCUCACUGCUUCUUCCCAGCACAGUCACCAUCACACCCAGAUUCCUUCCCUCCUCGCUCCACGCAGGGCAAGGCAGAGCUCCGUGGGCUGCUCUCCCUUUCCUCACGCUUUCAAGGCCACGUCUCCUUCCAACUCCCACUUGGUAGCCCUUCAGUUGCCGGCGGCAGAAGCCUUCACUCACCAUCAGCGGCCCGGAGACGACUUCUUCUUGGUCGCUUUCAGGCGGCGUGUUGGAAUGCCAUUCCCGAGCAUGGAAAAGCCACUCCCAUGGCCCACCAUUUCUGCUUUCUUCAUUGUUUCCACCAGGAGGGGCUUGUCCCAACCAGCUGGAGGUGCUCUGUUUGCUCCUCUCACUCUCCUGCUCUGCCCUGCUGCAGGCUGACCAUUCAUCAGGUAGAGCUGUGCCAUUAACUCCACAGCUCUACCUGAUGGAUGGUCAGCCUGCAGGCAGUGUGGCAGAGGCGCCAGCGGAGUUCUGGGGAGCAGAGGCAGCUGCGCUUCCUUUAGUGCCUCUCCCCAUUCAUCUGGACAGUCUGCGCCUACUUCCGCCCCCCAUAUGCAAUAGUCUCCCCCUUCCUGUCUCCCCCACCCCACCCCACCCCAUUAAAAAUUUUAGAACAAAAAUAAAUUGGUGUGGGGACGGCCGUAGGCUUGCGUCUCUCCUUGGUUUGGGAUGUGGCUCACUGGUGGGCGCCAGCCCCCCAGCUGAUCAAUGCCUCAGGAAAACCCUUGCUGGGCCUACUUUCCAAGCGAGUUCACUGACCCACGGCGUUCUGGCUCCUGGGUUUUGCUGCAGCCACCCUGUGGAGUCAGCCACAGGGUUGGCUUUUCUCAUUCAUGCCAAUACUGCAUUUCCCAUGAGGUCCGCCUCUUGCAACAGCUGUGUUUAUGAAUGUUCUUACACAUGUAAACAAAAUUAGCGUUUUUCCUUUGGCGGGUGAUAAACGGAUGAGAAAAAUAAGCUAUAUUAAAAAGUAUUAAUUUAUUGGAAAGAAAUUAUUUAAGAUGGAGUGUCCCCCCUCCCCAAGAUAAACUAACAAAAAAAAGGAAAGGACUUUAAUAUAUAUUAAAGAUUUUAAAAUAUUAUCACUUGUAUAUUAAACAGUUUUAAAGAGAUAAAAAUUGAAAGAACUGGAGUUUAGCUUGACUAUUAGACUUAUAAUAAGCUAUUUGUCUUGUGGUGAGAUCAUUUUAAGAGUAGCACAAUGUUUAACAAAAGGUACCGUUUCUCUUGUUUCCAGGGUGUGCAAAAAUAAUCGUUUCUGUUGUUUGAGCUUUUUCGUUUGCCAUUUUCUUUUUACACCGUUUUAACAACAACAACAAAAAUCAAAGGAUGUGCCUUGUUUUAUGAAUUUCUUUGUUCAAUCUUGUCUCCUAGAAGUGUGUGUUCUUUUCUGUAGGUGUUUUUCCUUUUUUAAUUUGGGGGUGCGUGCGUUCAAAUGCAUGUGUGUGAAAGUCAUUAACAUAUGCGCAGCUGUAUAUUGAUGUACAAAUGGGAGUCAGUCUGGUUUUAAAAUGGCUUUUUAAGUCUGGAAUGCAAUCCUGUUUACUUCCUUUUGCGCUGUGGGUUUUUUCUUUUUCGAGACUCGGGUGUCAACGUGUGGGUGGGGGCACUCACUCUCGUUUCUUUUCUCUGAGUACAAAUAGGUCUGUCUUUGCUGAUCUCCAACAUGUGUCUGGCACAACUUUGAAAUUUCUUAAUUAAAAAAAAGAAAAAUAAAUAAAUAUAAAAAUGACAACAUAAAGAUACCUGUUGUAAAGAGAAAAAAACAAAAUGUAUCUUAAAAAAAAAUUCCAAGAUUCUAAUGCUGGAUAUAUACAUAUUAUUAUAUAUAUAUGAUAUAUUUUUAUUAUUAAGUUAUGGAAACUGUCUUGUAUUCCCAUUCUGUCAGAGCUAUGCAUCUUGCAGCCAACCUCUUUUUCUCGCUUCUUGCAUCCCACCUGUAUUAUUAUAUUAAUAUUUGAUGGCUUUGUGGUCCUGUAAAGAAUUUUGCUCCUAUUUAAAACAACAACAACCAAGUGUCUGGCUAAAAGUAUUUAACGAAAUGGGGUGGGGGGGUGGGGGUGGGGAGAGCCCCAGUUGUUGCUUCUCUGCAUACUUGACAGUUAACUGUAAAAGAAUAUUUUUUAUGACGGAGGCUAGAAGAAAACAUCCCCACCUCAAAGGCAGUUCCGUGAGGCACUGAGCCGCCAUGGUGCUGAGGGACUCGACUCCAUGCUGCAAUCUGCAGUCCGGGCAGGCGCCGCUGCCCAUGCUUUUACGGCCAUCGGUGCUUAAUAAACGUCCGAACUGUC